ACGUAAGUGGCAGGGGGUGAACGCUCUCGCUCUGCUCGCUACUCUCUGCUCUCUGUCGGAGGCGGCUUGAGUUUAAACAGGGCGUGUCCUCUCGGUGCAGAGCAGGAAGCAUGUUGGUGUUUGGAAGCGGUCUUUCCUCUGAAAGAGUCUGACCAGCGUUUGGCUUCGAGAAGGAAGGACAUCCAGCCGCCUCAUCCCCGCCGAGCCGCCCGUCCGACGGCCAGCCUCGGUCCUGUCCUUUCAAUGGCUGAUUCUACCACCACUCCGACGAUCACGACAAGUACUGGGAACAAAAAUGUGACCAGCCCACACUUUUUAGCCUUUGCGUUAGUGCUGGCUUUCUUCCUUCUUGGCCUGGGUGGGGUGGUGAUCUGCCACGUGCUGAAGAGGAGGGGUUACCGGUGCACAACCGCCCAGGAGGAUGAUGAUGAUGAGGUGUUCGAGGAAGGAGAGAAGGAUCCUGAGCUGGGAGGAGAGCUGAAUGAGACCAUGAGCGAGAACAACGACACCGUUGGACAGAUCGUCCACUACAUCAUGAAGAAUGAAGCAAACUCUGAUGCCCUGAAUGCCAUGAUUCACCAGAACAGCAUUGAUUCAGAUGGUCCAACGACACCCGCCUCCCCGACCUCUUCGACCCCUCCGCUGACCCCCAUAUCACCAGGGGCGCCCCCAGGAGCACCCAAGCACACCUGCAGCCACCUGCACACCGUCGGCGGCCUGAGCGGCAACAAGAACAUCUGCACCCGCUGCAACCAGAAGAAAUGGCCGCUGAUGAGGAAGCCCUCGGCCCGAAAGGCGGAGCAGCGGCGCAGUAACGAGGUCACGGUCCUCUCUGUGGGCAGGUUCCGUGUGACAAAGCCUGAAAAACCAGCAAAGGAUCGACGCACCCUGUUAAUAACGGACUCUAACGGCAGCGUCCCUUCAACGCCUACAGAGGUGGUGCGCCACAGCAGAGUGACGUCAGAGUCCCAGCAGGAAGAGACAGAAAAGUCAGACAAAGAGAAGCGAUAGAAGUCCAGAUUUCCACAUGGAGAGCAGGACCAACAUCUGGACACUUUAUAUUUUAUUUUUAUUCAAACAUGAACGUGGAACAUCCUCAGAGCCGGGAGGGCCGAACAGAUCCGGGAGGGGUCUCGUUGUGAUGUGGCUCCGCAGUCAGCGAAGGCUGCUUCUGAGAACCUGGAGGACGAGGUUGUUUCCCAAAGAAGAAGAAGAAAGUGUGCUCACUUUCCCCCUGCAGCAGAUUUUCACCAGUGCCUUGCUCAGUGGCGUCAGUGCCACGAUCUGAGCUCGAACCAGUAAACUGUUAUUUUUUUUAGGCAACACACCCAAGUGGUCCAUGAUGUAUGUAUAUAUGUUUUUAUAGGUGGAAUCAUACAACGUCACAUUUUUGUGUGUUUAUAUCAACGUAAAUUAUAAAAGCACCCCCAGAAGCCGGUAGAGACACUCUGGCACACUUCCCCAAAGAGAAGCUGCAGCAACCCGACUAAGCAGCCGCACCAGGAAGUGGACCGGAUCAGUGCCACCGGUGGGGGGAGGAAGUUGUCUCCUGAAAUGGCGUUACAUGAACUCGGCGUGCCAGCUUUUUAACACCUUUCAUUGUCACUUACUCCUUUUUUUUUAAAGAAAAUCUAAUUAUAUUGUGUUUUAUUGCUCUGUCUUACCUCAAUAAAGAACUUUCAGUAUUCUGACUCGAA